CAGCGUCGCUACGCGGACUAACACACAGAGCUGGAGCUGUAAAGUUUGUUUAAUUAACACUAAUUAGGAGCUGAAGAGCAGAAUUCAGCAGAGGUUCUCAGGCACUGAGACUCCAAGCAGUAAUGACCUCAGCCGUACCCUCUAGCCCGGGUCUGGAGGACCUGAGGCCCAUGUCACAGGGAAUCACCAUCAUCCCCAGGAGCAGGAGCGUGUCUCGUUCAUCCAGCCAAGAAACUCAGAGGAGGAAUAACCUUCAGUGUGACUCCGCCUCCUCUGUGCAGUCGGUUGCUGAUGAGAGUCUUUCUUCACUGGACAUUGAGAGGAUGCUCUUACAGAAAGUGAAAGACAGAAAAGAUGACUUGAAAGCAGCUUUCCGUGCUUUUGAUGUGGAGAGCAGUGGCAGCGUCACUAAAGGGGAGUUUCUCCGAGUUAUCGAGGGCUUCCUGCUCCCCCUCACUCGGUCUCAGUUUGAUGGCCUGUUUGCAAAGGUCCCAAAGAGACAGAAUGGAACUAUACCCUACAUGGAAUUCCUAAAACAAUACUGCAAGGUCUCAUCGUCACCAAUCAGGAGCGUGUCAUGCUACAGAACUGCAUCAGGGAGCAGAGGUCAGCGAGGUUGGCCGCUCGGAGAACUGCAGUGCCGCUUGAAAGACAAGAUUGGAGGCAAUGUGAAAAACAUUACCAGGGCUUUUCGGCUGUUUGAUUAUAACCGGGACGGACAAAUCCAGCGGCAUGAAAUGCGGAGAGUUCUGGAGAGUUACUGCUUUCCUCUGAGCCACCAGGAGUUCCACAGGCUGUGGUCACAUUACAGCCCAAAUAACUCACAGACGAUGUCCUACAAAGAGUUUCUUGAGAGGCUUGGUUUAGAUUGUGAGAACUAUGGGAAAAUUGCUCCAGACUCCACAAAACUCGCUUUGAACUGGGAUGCAGUUAACCGGACUAAAGCAAGACCCAAGAGCAGGACAUCAGCUUGGGAGACUUCCUCUGCGACCCAGUAUAGUUUAGAUGAAAUCCACGCCAUGGUUUUGAAGAAAAUGAGUGUAAAUUAUCCCGUUGUGGAGAAAGCACUUCAGGCAUUAGAUAUCACAGACAGUGGUAUUGUCUCCUAUGAUGACCUGAAGUCUGUCUUGAGCAGUUUCCUCUUUCCAGUCAACCACAGCUCAUUUUUGGGCCUCCUAAACAGAUUUGGAGUGAACCCUGCCGAGCCUGUACAGUGGAGGAAGUUUAUUGCUCUGUUCAGGGAAGAGGGGCAGAUGUUACCUGCUGUAAAAGCCGCAGGUCCGGCUGCCGCUAAGCUAUCCAGUAUUGAAGAAGUCUUGCCAAGGUUACGAGAACAGAUACUUGAGGUGUUUCCUCAUCUGAAGAGAGCCUUUCUGGUGUUUGAUGAGAACCGAACUGGGCUGGUCAGUCAGGGUGAUCUGCGGAGGCUACUGGAGAGUCUGACCUUCACUCUAACAGAUGAGCAGUUCAGAGGACUGACAGAUCUCCUCCAUGUGCCACACUCAGGAUCUAUCAGCUAUCAAGACGUCCUGGACUUUUUUCAGAAGAAAAGACCAGCAGAAGUGGUUCAGGAGAAGAUCAGUGAGUCUUCAGAGAAGCCAGAGGUUCAUACCCAGCCUAGCGCUCAGUCUCCUUCAGCCACGGCAGCCUGGACUGUAGUGGAAGCAGUUCUUAAGGAGCAGCUGUCUGAACAUCAUGCUUCACUGAUGUCAUCUCUGAGUGAGACAGACCCAACUCAGAGCUUCACUAUUCCUCCUGAAGACCUAAGGAAGCUCCUCCAGCAGUAUGGACUAGCACUGUCUGACACACACUUUAAGAAGCUCUGUGAACCUUAUAUGGAGUCUGGAGCAGUGAACUAUAAGCUGUUAUUGACGAGCCUUGGCAUGUCCAUGUGGAACGGCAAGACAAAGAGUGUAAACAAGGGUCUUGGCUUGAUUGAGAGAAGUGAUGUGGGGAGUGUUAAAAAGCAAGCUGUGGUGAACGUUGUUCUGAAGAAGCUCAGAGAAAGGUUGCAGAUGCGUGGACUCACACUUCAGCAGUGUCUGAUGGACACCAGUAGAAACUCUGCAUCAGUACUUCACCUGAGAGACUUCCAGAAGAUUCUGGAUGAUUGUAGAAUUUCCCUUCAAGCACCACAGUUUCAGGCUCUCAUCCAGUCUCUUGACUUCUUCCAUGGACCCGUCCCUUUUUCCGACUUUAUAGAGAAAUAUGAAGGUGUUUUAGCUAAAGAAAACAACGAAGAGCAUCAAACAAUCAUGAAUAAUAUUGAAGCCGUGAGUUUUAUGUCUGCAGAAGACUGUUUAAAUCAGCUUGAGGAACGCAUCAAAGAACAUCACAAGGAUGUUUUAACAGCGUUCCGACUGAUGGACAGAAACAGAGAUGGGCUGGUGAACUACAGUGACUUUAGAGUGCUGUUUGAAAGCCUGAGAUUUGUGACUAAAGAAAAAGAGUAUCAGAGAUUGCUCGAGCUGCUGGGAUUUAAGCCUGGCUCUACUCUUAACCACGCCGAGUUCUACAGCAGGAUUCGAUCUGACAGGAAGAUUGGAACUAAUCUCAUCACUAGUAUGACAGCUGACCAGUUACUUGGCCGAGCUUGUGAACAGGUUCAUGCUUAUCUGGUGGCCACUGCGCACACAAGGGGGUCCGAGCUGUGGAAGACUUUUAACCAGUAUGGUGAAGAUAGUGACAGCAAGAUCACCAAGGAUGAUCUGAGGCGUAUACUUUACAAGUACUACUUGCCCAUUACUCCAAGAGAAUUUGAGAAAAUAUGGGCAAGGUACGAUGAUGAUGGGAAAGGAUACGUCACUCCGACAGAGUUCCUGAACAAGCUGAAUAUCACACCGCAUGAGUCUACACAGUGUCCAGUGGGAAAGACCAUUUACAGAACAACCUCACAGAACCUUCUAACUGGGGCAGAACUCAACAAUCUAAAGGAGUGUUUAAUACUUAGCUUUGAGGAUGUGCGCCAAAGUCUAAUGGAACUGGAUAAAAGGGGAGAUGGUCAUGUGACUGCGAUGGACCUGUUGGUUCUGUUACAGACACAUGGGUUCCAGAUAGAUGACCAUCAAUUACUGGGUCUAAUCAACAAUCUAGGACUUGAUGUCUGUAAGCUGUCCUACCAUGAUUUCCUGGACCGUAUUACUGGGCCAAAAGUCAGUUGUAGGUCUGGAAUGGUGUCUCCAGUCAGUCCAUCUGUGAUAUCUUCUGUAUCAGGAUAUAGUGUAGAAAAUCUCAGCCCUGACAGAGCCUUACAGAGGGUCAGAGAACUAGUCACAAACUCUAUGGAUACUCUCUCCAAGGCAUUCACCACAUUUGAUAAGAGUAGAAAUGGCAAGAUUGCUCAGGCAGAGUUCCAGCGAGUGCUGGACCAUUUUUGCAUCAAGCUCUCUGAUGUGCAAUACAGACACCUGCUAGCUAAGCUGUCAGUCAAAGAAGAGGAAAGCAAGGUGGACUGGAAGCAGUUUCUGCACGUCUUCAAUCUUCAUAACCAAGAGACAUCUGAGCAAUGGCUGGAGAAAAUCAACAAGGUACGCUUACCUAACCAGAAACGUCUUCUGCCGAUCAGUGAUAUACUAGAACGGAUCCAGGAGGUCGUUUCAGCUCGCAUUUAUACCAUCACCAAAGAGAUGGUGGAUUUAGAUUACGCUGGUGUAAAUAUGAUCUCAAAAGUGAACUUCAGGAAUAUAUGUGACCACCACUUCAUGAGACUCACAGAUGAACAGUUUGAAGCUUUGUGGAAAAUGUUGCCAACCAAUACCUUUGGAAACCUGGAUUAUCGCGAGUUCCUGAAGAAGUUCAGUAGAGAACCAGUAGAUCAGGGAAAUACCAUCAGAGGAUCACCAUCUCCCAGUCAAUCAGAGUGUUCACCUGUUGCUGUCCCGCAGUGCCCAAAAACUAUACCGUGUAACCUCGGGAGAAGCAAGUCAUUAAGCCCUGACCAGCUCAGACCUUCCUCUUCAGUCGGUGGUCAGUCUCCAGUGACCACUUUAUUGAACUGUGAAGCUGUAGAGAGGAGACUGCGCUCCCAGUUCCGGUCCUGCUGGCGUGAGGUUCAGAGGAAGUGCAGGGAGGCUGACGCAGGGAGCAGUGGGGAGAUUGAUGUAGAAACUUUCUUAGGCAUACUGGAGGAUUUCCAUAUCAGCCUAACCCAUGCUCAGUUUGAGCAUCUGUCUGUGAAGUACAACAUCAGGAGCAAGGAACGUCUUUCCUACCCAGAAUUCCUGCAGCACUUUGUGCUCACGCUCAAACCUCGAGCCAACACUUUCGGCCGUAGAUGCAAGCUUCACAUACCUCCAACGACGAGUUCAGGGCCACUGAGCAAGCAGUGCAUCGAUACCUUGCUCAGGCUGUGUCCUUCUGUCCAGCUCUCCUGGAGGUCCUUGAAGCAGGCGUUUAUCUCCUGUGACAAGGAACGCACAGGAAAGAUUUCUCUUCAGGAUUUCCGAAAAGUUUUGAGGCAGUACAAGAUCAAUCUCUCAGAGGAAGACGUCUUUCAUCUUACAUCGUGCUUCGACAAGAACAUUUCAGGACAGAUUUCAUACAAUGAGUUUCUGAGCAUUUUACAAAAAUGAAUGUAUGAGAGUGUGCAGGGGUGGACAAAUCAGAAGACAGAAAGGCGUCUGGGUUUUUAGUUUUUAGUUUGUGCUUUUCUUGAUGCUGAUUGCCUUGAGGAACCUUGAUGUAACUUUCGUAUGCUCAGCUCCUUCUGGUCCCACCGCCUGCUGCGCUACACACAGCAGAAUUUACUAUUCUUAUUGUUUGACGUGAAUGAGGAAAUGGGAUGCAGGCUUAAGACGACUCAAACAGAUUCUUUAUUAUUAAAACAUUUUAUUCGCUUUUCAGUGAUUUUAUCUCACACACAGCUCUUUAUUAUUCCAACCCCCAUUCAAAAACACAAACAGACCUUUUGAAUUAUGACCAUUAUAGAAUCAGGAAUACAGAAGUAUGUGGAAACCCUUGUUAAAACAGUGUACAUGCUCAUUAGCUCAUAAACUCCAACUUGAAUUGAUUACAAAUCCUGUUACGUCUCGUUAAAGUUGGUGGACACAAGAAAACAAACAAUUAAUGCAACAGCACAACAUAAAAC